AUGUCGGUGAGAGACUCUGACCUAUUUUUGUUGGACACCCGCGUGGUGUGGGCCUCUGAAGAAGGCUGGCUGGAAUUUGACAUCACAGCAACUAGCAAUCUGUGGGUGGUGACACCGCAGCACAACAUGGGACUCCAGCUGAGUGUGGUGACUCGUGAUGGACUCCACAUCAAUCCCCGUGCGGCGGGCCUGGUGGGCCGAGACGGCGCUUACGACAAGCAGCCCUUCAUGGUGGCCUUCUUCAAGGUGAGCGAGGUCCACGUGCGCACCACCAGGUCAGCCUCCAGUCGGCGUCGGCAGCAGAGUCGCAACCGGUCCACCCAGUCGCAGGAUGUGUCCCGGAGCUCCAGCGCUUCAGACUACAACAGCAGUGAACUAAAAACAGCCUGCAAAAAGCAUGAGCUUUAUGUGAGCUUCCAGGACCUGGGAUGGCAGGACUGGAUCAUCGCACCCAAAGGCUACGCUGCCAACUACUGUGAUGGAGAGUGUUCCUUCCCCCUCAACGCGCACAUGAAUGCCACCAACCAUGCCAUUGUACAGACCCUGGUGCACCUUAUGAAUCCCGAGUACGUCCCCAAGCCAUGCUGCGCACCAACUAAACUGAACGCCAUCUCGGUUCUUUACUUCGACGAUAACUCCAAUGUCAUCUUGAAAAAAUACAGGAACAUGGUUGUGAGAGCUUGCGGAUGCCACUGAGCUGAAGCUGGUCGCAAGGGCGAGUCU